ACUCACUUCCGGAUAAACAAACGGUUGGUAAUCGCAUCUUCAAUAUCUAGUCAUAUUGACGAGUUUUUCCAAAGGAUUUGGUCACAGUUCUCAUUAACUUCUAUUUAAGUCGAUAUGAAUUCGCUUGUGGGAUACGGGGUUUCAUCCGAGUCAGAGGAUGAAGAGAAGGGAGACGACAAUUCAAAGAAGUCCUUCAAAAAGACAGAAUGCACUGUAGAGAAGACGAAAAGCCGUAAUUUCCUGUUGGAGUCGGAAUCGCCUUCCAGUGAGUCUGAAUCUGCUCCAGAGAGUGAGGAUCAAGAGGAGCCGCCCACUGCCGAUAGCUCCAUUUCCGAGCACUUGCCACCCCUUUCUGUCCGUCCUCACACUCACAAGCUCCCGCCUCCACCUUUGGGAGGCUCCAGCUCGGGUGGAGCGCUUACAGGCAGCAGUGUGUUUGCUAACCCCUUCAAAGAGCUGGCCGAGGAGAGACUGAAUGUCCUACAGAAACAUGUACCUCUUACUUUACAAGCUCGCCCCACCCAGAUUGACGGUAAGCGCAUUUGCGUGGCCUACAGGAAGGACGGCCGCUGCCGCUUUGGAAGCCGCUGCAAGUUCGCACAUGACAGCGAUCUGCAGAGUAACCGUACGGUCACCUCUGACAAUGCACCGAAAGACAAUACUGCAGACAAUCAUGUUCCGCCGGCUUCUUGUGAGGAAGACACAGAGACAAACGGAGAGAAAGACAAUGAACAGAGAAAGAAGAGAAGAGUGGGGGUGAAUGAUUCUCUCAUUCCACCAAAACGAGCACUCAAACAGUAUGCCAGACUCUCACACCCCUAA